AUGGAGGAGGACACAAGCGAAAUCACUAUCACCGAAAACGUGCCGCUUAAAGAUUAUCUCCGUUUUCGCAAUAAGGACUCGAAUCUUAUGAUUCGUCUAUAUUUACAUGAUGGAAGAAUCAAAGCAUACGAAAUUGUGCUGUUCAUCAAAAUAUUUGAGCCUCGUACGGAUAAUAAUUACCGCGCUAUAUCUUCGUUCAAGUCUGAAUCCUCUGGUUCCGGUCGACGUCAAGUAUUUUGGGACGGCAAAUCAUCAGCUGACUACUGUGUAGUUUCUCCUAAUGUCUUCAUUUGUGUCGGACGCACUGAUGCUAAUGGCAAUGAUUUCCCUCCUUUCACUGCAGCUAUAGCAGCUGGUGGAUUCAAUUUAGAUCUCUGGGAACUUCAA